UCUAUAGUUGAUCAUCUGAAAUGUGUCAGAUUGUGAUACAAAUGUUAAGUCAGUUGUAUCGAUUUUUGUUCAGCAAAUCUCGCGACGAAAUUGAAAGACCAGGAGCGGACGACAUGGACAACAAAAUCACAGCGAUGGAAAACAAAAUCAGUCAACUCGAAGAACAAAACAAAGAACUGCAAAGACAAGUUGACUACAACCGCAAUAAAGAGGCAGCUUUGCAGAAAGUUCUUUGCAACUAUGACAACUUUCUAAAGAAAGUUAUUAUGGAAAAGAACGUGGUGUGUGACCACGAGCAAACGAUAGUACAUCUAGCGAACCUCGAGUCGGCGUUCAACGAGUUGUUACAGAAGUACGAAAAGGCGAAAGUCGUCGUCCAAGGGUUCCAGCAGAACGAAACCCUUCUGAAGAAACAAGUUACCGACUAUGAGGAGAUUUUAGAAAGUUUGAGGGUGAAGUUCGCGACGUACAAAUCGCUGUCUGAUGACUCGCUGAACUGCGUCAACCACAAAAAAGGCUGUGACGACUGCAAGGGGAAACGGAAACGUUUGCUUACGUCCUUCUGAUCUCACCUGAUGCAGGAACUCUAUCAAAAUAUUCGUGCCCCACUUGUCCGGCUUGAGCAAGUGCAGAUUUUUGAAAUAUAGUAGAAGGUUUCCUUUUUUCGGUUUAUAAA